GCUGCCGGCCUCUCCAGGUGAGAGGGAAUGCGGAUUUCUCCCUGUCGCAGGUAAGUUGCCCUGGUUUGCCACCAUUUGUGGGGGCAAUUCCUGGUGUUACUUACCCAUGCCGGGGAAUUUCUCCCUUCUGAGAACUAAGCUCCAGCCCAAGGCCAACUUGGGGCUUCCUUUUCUUUAAUCCUGUGCACACAAUGCAGAGUGUAUCGGUUUGCUCUUUUCCUUUCCUUGUGGGGUAUGGGAAGGGAAACCCUCUACUCUCUCACUCCUUUCAUCGUUUUCUGGGUCUCCAGGUCAGUCUGAUAAUAGUGCUUCAUGCCCAGUGUGUGCAGAGCGUUGUGUUUCUGAAGAGGAAUGACAUGCGGUAGCUCCUGCCCUAGUUUAGUUUGCUCAGCAUUGGUCUAGUAGUUGAAAGCUCUCCUAACUGUCUGGUGUUAUGAUCCAUUGUAUUGCAGCCUGGCUCCAUCUUCUCAAACUGUCAGGCUUUAUGUUAAGGGGCAGAUCCUCUGAGGACCUUGUUUCUGGUCCCAUCAAGAAUCAUACUUAGUAGUCAAGGAGGCUGGAGGUAGUUCUCCUUAGAAGUCCAGUGUUAGGCCCUUAAAUAGCAGCAGAAUCUUCACUACUCCAACAAUUGCAUAUCAGGUGCCUGUUAGGAGUCAGGUACAUUGUGAGGUGCUUGGGAUUCAGUGGUGAAUAAGACAAAGAACUCGCCUACCCUCAAAGAACUCCUGGGGGUUUCAUGAUAUAGUCUGGGAGGAAGGUCACACCGUAGUCAGUGAGAGUGAACUAAAGGAUGGAAUGGCUUCAAGUACUAAAUGGCAUGGGGUGCCCCUCAGUUGGCUGGGCUUAACCUCCACCUUGCCCUGACCACAUUAUUGUAACAGUGGGCUCCCUCACUAGGCCGUGUGCUUUGUUUGGUUCUUUAUUCCAGGGCCUAUACACUGAGCUCUGUAUGCAGCAGGUGCUCGAAAAAUGCUUGUUGAAUAAGUCAGUGAAUCCUGAAGUAGGUCCUUCAGGAGUUUUCCUGCCCAUCCCAGCAGAGUUUCUCCAGAGUAAUACCUACUUAACUUCACAAACAUGAGAUAAGGAAACAGUGGCUCAGACAGGCUAAGGAACUUGCACAGAGCCUCACAUCUGUACCUGGUGUGUAAGAGGAAGCUGGAGAGUAAGAAGGAAGCCCUGCUGAUCCUCUCCAAGGAGCUGGACACCUGUCAACAGGAAAGGGACCAGUACAAACUCAUGGCCAAUCAGCUCCGGGAGCGCCACCAGUCACUGAAGAAGAAGUACCGAGAGCUGAUUGAUGGAGAUCCAUCACUUCCUCCUGAAAAAAGGAAACAGGCUAAUCUUGCACAACUAUUGAGAGAUUCUCAGGACCGAAAUAAACAUCUGGGAGAAGAAAUUAAAGAACUUCAGCAAAGGCUUGGAGAAGUCCAGGGCGACAACAAGCUCUUGAGGAUGACGAUUGCCAAACAAAGGCUCGGAGACGAAGAAAUCGGCGUGCGACACUUUGCAGCCCAUGAGCGUGAAGACUUGGUGCAGCAGCUAGAGCGAGCUAAGGAACAGAUUGAGUCUCUGGAGCACGACCUGCAGGCUUCUGUGGAUGAGCUUCAGGAUGUUAAAGAAGAACGGUCUUCCUACCAGGACAAAGUGGAGAGGCUCAACCAGGAGCUGAACCAUAUCCUGAGUGGGCACGAGAACCGCAUCAUUGACGUGGACGCCCUGUGUAUGGAGAACAGGUACCUUCAAGAGAGAUUAAAGCAACUCCAUGAAGAGGUCAACCUCUUGAAAUCAAACAUUGCCAAAUACAAGAAUGCUCUGGAGAGACGGAAAAACUCGAAGGGCCAGGGUAAAUCCAGCAGCAGUGCUCUGACAGGAGUCCUGUCUGCAAAGCAAGUUCAGGAUCUGCUAUCUGAGGAUCAUGGAUGCAGCCUCCCAGCUACUCCGCAGUCCAUUUCUGACCUGAAAUCUCUGGCAACAGCCCUGUUGGAAACAAUCCACGAGAAAAACAUGGUCAUUCAGCACCAGAGGCAAACCAACAAAAUCCUAGGGAAUCGGGUGGCUGAGCUGGAAAAAAAAUUAAGAACUCUGGAAGUUUCUGGUUUGUGGAGUCUUCCAGGCCUGAGCUACAAUGUUUCAGUAGGAUUUGGGAGGGGCAAGGACACCAUACUGUUCAGCGACCCCACUCUUCCUAGUGGACAGAGGUCGAGAUCCCCACUGCUGAAAUUUGUCGAGCAGCCCACUGAGAACAAAGCAGAUCCCAAGGAUGGGGAGGCUCAGAAGCAAGAAGGAGAUGAAAAUUGUGCCGCUGCUGAGGCGUUGACAGCGCCUGAGGAUGCUGGGAGGCCCGCUGUCAACUCCCCAGCAAAUCAGAGCCGCGGGAACCAAUGCAAGCUCUUUCAUCCUUCAUUACCCCAGUUACCUUCUGAGGAAGAAGUAAACAGCCUUGGAAGGGAAAUAAUUAAACUGACAAAGGAACAGGCAGCUGCAGAACUGGAAGAGGUCAGAAGAGAGAGUCCCAUAGAGGGUCAGAGGAGUGAGACGGGGCCAGCCCCGCCGGGCCUGGUCAUCCAGGGGGAGCUCCCUAAAUCUCACCUGGACUCCUUCGCGGCCAGCCAGCCAGCAGCCAAAGCUUCCACACCGGAAGACGGCAAAGGGAUCCCAGAGGGCGGAGGCAUGAGGAGCACCGUGAAAACCUGAAGGGGAGAGGGAUCUGACACAAUGACACAUUGAAAGCCCCAGAGAGGGUCAAGAAUGAAGCAUCGGAAUGGCGCGCUCACGUCGCCUUCUCCUGAAAUACCUCCGAGUCUGCAAGUGAGAAAACGCGCUGAUCCUGUUGCAAACUGUGAAUAUUCUGAUGAUGCCAGUACAGUUUGAUUUAUUAAAUGUAGGUCCUCAAGCUUCUCGGUGUCAUCUCUUUUCUGCCAGAGAGUGCUACUGUGAACAGGGCCAGGCCCAGGAAUCGUGUCCACCAUAUGGCUGGUUUUCAGCAUCCGUCUUUCUGUCAGCUUUUGUUUUAUCAGAGAUAAGAUGUUUUUGUAUUAGCAUUUAAUGUUGUCAAUCAAAAUUAUGAGAAGAGCUAGAAACUGAUGGGGUUUUUAAUCAGGUCCCCAUCUUGGUCAAGGUUAGGCAGCUGGAGAGGAAGGUGUAAUUGAGCAAAACAUGUCCAGAGGACCCAUGGCUGCACCCCAUCAAGUCAGGGCCCGGUAGGACUGCCUGGCAUGGGUGUGCUUGGCAUUGUGCCCACAGCACUGCUGUCGUGGUACAGACUGGCAGUUGGAAGGGGCCUUAAGCAGGCUGAGAAGUUUGGGCUUCUGGGUUGAAAUCCACGGCCCCGGUUGAGGCCUGUGUGCUGAGUGCCAGAGCUGGAGUUUUCUAGCUUGUAAAUCUGGAGAAUUAACUGAUCUGAGUGAUUGGGAGGGGUGAGCAUAAAAGCCGGGGAACAGGACUCCCAGUGGUGGUCUGGUUUUUUUGUGAGACGAGAUGAGAGCUGCCACCUGGAAAUGCUCAUUCUCUGCAUUCAGCCCGUCUCACAUACAGGAUUGUAUGGCCACUUCAGGUUUGGGAAAGAUCUACGUGCUGGGAGCCAGUCUCGUUUCCUGCACCACCUGGAACUUCCAAACCCUUCCCUCCUUCAACAGAAUGUUGAGGCUGCCUCAUUUGUGCCACCAAGUAUGGGAAUCUUAAAGACAGAAACAGAGCUCAUGACCUUUUAUGGGAAAGAGAGAGGAAAACAAAACAACUUCACAACAGCAUGGCAAGGGGGGAUGUGGAACCAAGGACAUGAUCCAGGGAUGGGAAAGGAGGGCAUGCUCAAUUCUAGCUGGUUCUUUCCUUUCAGAUAAAAAUGAGCUUUUCUAGUUGGCAUCCGGCACUGCAGAAAAGUAAAAGUCAUCCAGCCAUAGCUUUUUCCUUCCCUGGAAAGCCUGAGACUAGAUCCCAAAGCUCAGAAUGCCUCUGAGAACCAGAAUCACUCCUUUGAGAGGCGCUCCUUGAAGGAAAAAGAGAGGCUCCCAGAGUGGUAGCCUCUCCGUGAAAAUGCAUCCUAAAAAUUCAAUGUUUAUACCAGGCUCAUGACACUAAGAUGUGACAUCUGGACACGAGGGGUCAGCCACGUGGAUACAUCCCUCCCGGACUGCAUCUCCAGGAAUCACUCUGCUAGCAGAAUGGGCGCCCCGUCCCUUACUAUGCUGCUCCUCCUCAAAGUGCAGCCCAGAAGGACCCAGGCCUUUGAUGCACAUUGGGUGGGUCUCCCACUACUUUAGUUGAAAUGGGAGCAUGCUGGAGUCAGCGUUCUGUUGCUUCUGGUGAGAAGGACAUCCCAUUGACCCCUGGCCACCAGGUCCAGUAUUCCAUCCUUCCUUCUGUCCCAGCCUAUCGCCCUCCCCACCAGGCCCACCCCCACAACUUCUCCUCAAGGGAGGUUGCUCCCGCAGCUGGAGGGCUUGCACAGACCAGCAGUCACAGAAACCAUUCUUCCUGCUGUACUGGGCCUUAACUGCCUGCAAAUGUCCAGCACUACUGCAUAGGAUGCCAGAGCCACCAAAGGAAAACACAGCCAAGUUUAAUGUAAUAAUAAUAAAAGGAAAAAUCUCAGCCUGCAGAACUCUGGUUUUGACCCACCAUCGGCCAGAUGCACAUCUUCAGGGCCUGUUCAGCACCUUCUGAAAAGCAGGGCUCGUAAUAGACUCCAGCACAUUCCAUCAGAGUCAGGAAAACUGCGGUGAGUCCCAGAGAAUCUAGGGUGCAGGGCAGGGAGCAGGAGUCAUAAGGAGUGAUAACCUAAACUGUGUGUAGUCAGCGGGGAGGGUCUUAUGUUAUUAGGUGAAAUGAGAGCCAGUAAGUUAGUUGAUCCUGUCACAGAUAUAACCCUGAUAACACCCCAUAGAUACGCGACAUGUGUGUUCUGCCCCUGCUUUCCCCAUCCAACAUGGUUCUUCUGUUCCACAGACAUUAAAGGGGGUUUCUGCAAUUA